CCUCGAUCAAGCGUCGCCGAAAAGAAUCAAUAGUUCAAUACCCAACCGCAACUUGCGUACACCGUCAUUUGCCUAUUCAGAUAUAUAUUAUAAUGUGCGUCGCGUUGAUUGGCUGGAGGUUCCAUUGGUAUGCAUAAACUCGGACUUUUUAGCACUCUGUAUGAAGCUGCAUAUAUUAUAUAGUUUUCGUGUGUAAACAUUUUAAUAUUUUGGUUAGCAGUCGAACAUGAGCCGGAGAAGAAAACUGAUUUUCGGCGUAUUUACGAUAUCUUUUUUAUUGUAUUUAAAUAAUGUUUGGAACUUUCAACAAUCAUAUAUACCGACGAGGAUUGGAACGGGAUCUUAUCAAGAUAUAUAUGCCAAGAUAGAAAAUAUAAAUGAAAAUGAAACGCAUGUUCUCGUCGACAAAUUAUUGUAUUACAAGCUACUACAAAUGUAUGCGACUGACAAACUAAUAAAACUUAAAACAAGUCCAAUCGGAAUGAAUGAAUCCAUUGGAAAGGCACAUGAACCAAGACGGGAUGAGAAAAUUAAAGCAAAACCAAAUGGAAUAAAUGAAAACAAUGGGAAGGCACUUAAACCAAGAAGGGAUGUUUCCGAUGCAACGAAGAAACUCAGUGAAAAUGGUAAAAAUACACAAGAGCUGCUUAUGAAAAAUAAAACAAUUCCUAUUAAGAAUGACACGAAAGGAAAGGCACAAAAACAAAAAAGGGAUGUUUCCAUUGCAGCGAAUGGACUCAGUAAAAAUGCGAAAAAUACACAAGUAGUAAUAAAAAAAACUCGACCAAUAUUUUUUCUAAAAACUCAUAAAACAGGAAGCUCUACAAUCCAGAAUAUACUUAUGCGAUACGCUGACAAACAUAAUCUGACAUUAGCCUUGCCCUCCAAAGGUCGAUAUCUCUUUAAGUACUGGCACCCUUUUAAAAAUGACAGCGUCAUGCCUCUGGUCUCUCCAAAUGGAACAUAUGACAUUAUGUGCCAUCAUUUAGUAUACAGUAAAGAAGUAAAACAAAUUUUGCCAAAGGAUGUAUAUUCACUCACUAUUCUAAGAGAGCCAAAAAGUCUUUUUGUUUCCUCGUAUAACUUCUUCGGGUUUGGCGGAAAACUGUGCAACCGUACAGUAAACGAGUAUCUAGAGAUGUCCAUUCCAGAUGAAGUGCCAUUAAAGAGUCGGUUUAAAACAAUCAAAUCCAACUCUUCGAAAUGUAACCCUUGUACAUGGGUGCGCCAUGGUGUUCUCUAUGAUUUCGGGCUGCCCUAUGAUGAAAUAGAUGAUCGAAAAAAAUUGAGUGAUAUUAUCCUAAAAUUCGAUAAGGAAUUUGAUUUUGUAAUGAUACUAGAAUACAUUGAUGAAUGUCUAGUAAUGCUAAAGAAUCAGUUUGGAUGGACAAUGGAAGACAUCCUCUACAUUAAACAAAAUGAAGCGUCCUCUUCAAAUAAGACACUGAAAUACCUAUCUGCAAAGUCAAAGAAAAAGCUAGAUGUAUUUUUAUAUCAAGAACACGUCAUGUAUGACUAUUUCAAUAAAAGCCUUUGGCGGAGGAUAGACACAUACGGACGGGAACGUUUAUCAAAAGAAGUAAACUUAUUUCGAAAGCUAAGAUCAGAUGCUGACAGGUCCUGCAUUAGCCAUCGGACUGCUAAAAUAAAUGUACCAGAUGACUUGUUAAAACCAUGUUGUAAUUUUCUCAAGGGUUAUGUUUUAAAGCCAGGAAAAAGACAAGAUUGGUUAUGUCGUCGUUUAGCGGCAGCCGAAUGGGCGUAUACAGACUUACUGAGGAGAAGAUUGGUGCGCGAUAAAGUGAUUCAAUAAUAAGAUUUAAUAUCUAUAUAUUUAUUCAAGAGUAUCUGUGAUAUGAUAUCAAAAUAAAAUGUUUUUUUCAUAACCAGUGAGACACAUAUUUU